CCAGCGGAGGGUGAGGCUGGAGGUGGCGGCUUGUCCCGUUCCAGGGCUGGGGAGAAGGGGGAGGCUCUUGGCAGGCAGCUGAGUGGGCAGAGGAGAGAGACCCAGACAGCUCAUCCCUCCAGUCUUACCCACUACUGGUCACUGUAUUUGUUGUCAUGAGAGCUGCCUAUCUCUUCCUAUUGUGCCUGCCUGCCGGGCUGUUGGCCCAGGGACAGUAUGACGUCGACCCUGAACACAUCCAAUACACACAUUAUGGGGACCAGAUUGACAAUCCCGAGUACUACGAUUACCAAGAGUCCACCCACCGCCCCCCAGAGGAACAGCUACAGUACCAGUCUCAGCAGCAGGUUCAGCAGGAGGUGAUCCCAGCCCCCACCCAAGAAAUCCCAGAGACAGAGCCCACGGAGCCUGGACCACUAGACUGUAGGGAGGAGCAGUACCCCUGCACCCGCCUGUACUCGAUCUACAAGCCCUGCAAACGAUGCCUCAAUGAGGUGUGCUUCUAUAGCUCUCGCCGAAUGUACGUUAUCAACAAAGAAAUCUGUGCGCGAACUGUCUGCGCCCAUGAGGAGCUGCUCCGAGCCGACCUGUGCCGUGACAAGUUCUCCAGGUGUGGUGUGAUGGCGACGAGUGGCCUGUGCCAGUCUGUGGCUGCCUUCUGUGCCAGGAGCUGUGGGGGCUGCUAGUGGGAAGGGGGCACAGGGAGGGAAGCCGGGCCUAGCCGAGGGCCAGGGGACCUCCAGGUGCUUGAAUCUAGGCCGGCAGGCUUGGGUGGGGGUGCUGCGCUUGAUUCUGUUGUGUGGUUAAAAAAAUAACUGGUUUUUAAUUCUCUUUCCUUUUUGUGUGUAAGCGGACUUAAGUGUAGGGAUUGGGAGAUGAGCCCACAGCUACCCCUGGGAGGGUGGGGGAGGGCACUUUCUCAUGGAGUCCCAGGUGUCAGCGGCAUCAAGGGUUGGAAGGGACAACAAGGCCAUAAAGUGGAGGGAGCAUUAGGCUUGGUGUUUGAAGACCUGGGUUCCAAUCCUACCCCAGAUUCUUAUUAGCUUUAUAACACUAGUCAAGUCACAACCUCUCGGUGCCUCAGUUUCCUUAUCUGUGAAAUGAGUUGGACGUGAUGGCCUCUGAGACCCCUUCCAGCACUAAGCCUGUGAGCUCCCCCAGACUUGUAGACCUGCAGCAAAGAAGGCACCCCCCCCCAAGGCAGCCCAUUCCACUAGAGGUGUCCCAUUUUGGGAAAUUUCUCUUUUCACCAAACUAAAAUCUGCCUGUCUGUGACUUGCCCUCACGAGCCUAGUUUUGCCCUCUGAGGCCAAGCAGAGCACGGCUAAUUGCUCAUCCACUUUGUAGCCCUUCUGAAACUUGAAAAUAACUACCCCCCCCAAAGCCUUCUUAUCUCCUGGCUCAACACCCCCCGGCUCCUUCACCUGACCCUGCAACAGCUCGGUUCCCGUCCCCUCGAUCUUCUAGAUACCCUCCUUCGGCAUUAGCCUGCAGGAGGCAUUUCAGCUGGAGCAAAGGAGGGGCUUGGGGUACGAUGCCUGCUGCUCCCUGGUCACUCCCUAUACUUGGUGCUCACUGAUACCCCACCCGUUUCCACCAAAGUAGGCCCUCGGGCAGGUCCCCUCUGCUCUAGGUUGGACGUACUGUAGUGGGGUGUCAGAUCAUAUAUAUUUUUUUUUGUACAAAAUAAAGAAUUUUUCAAGAAAAAAAAAGUUA